AUGGCAGAUGAGAAAAGCCCAUUUGUUCGUAUAUCCGAUGAAUGGCGUUCAUUGAAAGAUGAAUUUGAAGAAAUUGAGGAUCAUCAUCGUAUCUAUUUGGGCAAAUUACAAGAAGUGUCUAAGUUGCAAGAAGGAUGCCAAAAGUCAGUGAAACAUUGUCUAUAUCGAAUAUCCAAGAUUAGAGAAUCUCUGAGAAGCUUAAAAGGUAAAGAGCAAUCCGAAAAUGUCGAAUAUUUGAAAACGGUGAGGGAAGGUAUUGCGGAACUAGAAAGGAGAUCGCAAGAUAUGAAGGGUGAAUUACCUGUACAAAGUAAUGGUUUGUAUCUGUCGAUUAUCCUUGGUAGUAACUUAAAUGUUUCAUUAAUGAAUAAAAAUGAUCGUUAUCGAUAUAAGAAGGAAUACGAGAAGUUCAAAGUUACCGUAAAUUGUGCCCUGCUGUCUCUUCUCUUUUUCGCAUAUAUAUUUACAUCAAGAGUUCUUGAUUUAGCAAUAAAUUUCGUAUUGGUAUGGUUUUAUUGUACUUUAACAAUACGUGAAGCAAUAUUACGAAUUAAUGGGUCAAGGAUUAAAGGCUGGUGGAUAAUGCAUCAUUAUGUUUCGUGUGUACUUUCUGGUAUAACUGUAACAUGGGGAGAUGGAGAAUGUUAUCGAAGUAUUCGGACACAGUUUAUUAUGUUUUGUUUUUUUCUCGCUUUUGUUCAGCUUUUGCAAUGCCGCUAUCAAACUGGUUGUUUACGACGUUUGCAUGCAUUAGGACAACGAUACAGCAUGGAUGUAUCUGUCGAGGGAUUUAGCAGCUGGAUGUUCAAAGGAUUAACUUUCUUAAUACCCUUCCUUAUUCUAACUUAUAUUUUUCAAUUCUACAAUUCCUACAAAUUAUAUUACUUAUCGAAAGCUCCAAUUUGUAUUAGUCAGUGGCAGGUGCAGAUUCUUGCAUAUGGAUUCUUUCUAGUAGCUUGCUGCAAUAUGUCUACAUUACUUUCGGUUCUUGUAAAUAAGUGGAAGCAAGGUGGGCAUAAAAGAACUUUAGCAGCCCUUCGAUCCAAAUAUCGUGCAAACUCACCUGUUAAAAUAGAAUGA